AGAGUGAUUUGCUACCACCCUUGAAUGGCUGAGCAUCUUGCCCGAAUCUUCGGUACCGAAGAGGACCGUGUGAACUGCCCCUUCUACUUCAAGAUCGGAACAUGCCGUCACGGUGACCAAUGCUCUCGACAGCAUAACAGACCGGUCUCUAGUCAGACCGUCCUCCUCAAGGGGAUGUACCAGAACCCUCCGGCUGCCAUUGCUUUGGCUGAGGGUCAGGACGUCGCCGACGAGCAGGCUGAUGCCGCUCAGGAGCACUUCGAAGCCUUCUAUGAGGAGGUCUUCCUAGAGCUCGCUAAUUACGGAGAAAUAGAGGAUCUAGCUGUCGUUGAUAAUAUCGGAGAUCAUAUGAUUGGUAACGUCUAUGUUAAAUAUGUGAAGGAGGAGAGCUCAGAGAUGUGUAUCCAGAAAUUAACUGGGAGGUUCUAUGCGGGUCGUAUCAUACAGCCCGAGUACUCUCCUGUGACGGACUUCAGUGAAGCCAGGUGCCGUCAAUUCGAUGAUGCUCAGUGCUCGCGAGGAGGCUUCUGCAAUUUCAUACAUUGGAAGCACGUCCCGAGGAAGCUGAGGAGGAGACUCUAUCGUAAGAUGUACGAGCUACAUCCAGAAUACCGCAGUCGUUCGAGGUCCAGAUCGAGAGAGCGUCGCCGUUCUAGGAGUCGUGAUCGUGGACACCGUAGCCAUCAUCACCAUCAUGAUGACCGCGAUCGUCGUGAUCGUGGCCGUGACGAUCGAGGCCGGGACCGUGGUCGUGAAAGGCAGACUUCCGAGGAACGUCGCGCCAUGAUUGACCAGUGGAAUCGUGAAGCCGAGGCACAAGGUGGUAUCGAUCAAGCUCAGCUAUAAAGUGAUUGGAUACGAAGCGAAGUGGUGGAUGAUGGUU